GCCUUCGCCUCGUUCUCUUCGGACGCCCCGCGGAGCCUUGUGGGACGCCGCUGGCGUGAUGGCGGCCGCCGGGCUUUGCAGGCGUUUCUCGGGGGUCUUGCGUUUGAGGGCAGCCCCUUGGGGGGCGUCGGUGGCCUCGUCCUCCAGAGUUAACCUCGGUGAUCUGCACAAGAACGCCCGAAAAGCCGAACAGCUCCCGCCGUGUGCCUUAUUCCACACAUCCUUGUCUAGACGUGGGUUAGAGGAAUUUUUUGAUGACCCUAAAAACUGGGGGGAGAAAAAAGUCAAAUCUGGGGAUUCCUGGACAGUAGAACAGCUCCGAGGGAAGAGCAAUGAGGAUUUGCAUAAACUUUGGUAUGUCCUGCUAAAAGAACGGAACAUGCUUCUAACGUUGGAGCAAGAAGCAAAACGGCAGGGGGUGGCAAUGCCAAGCCCAGAGCGAUUAGACAAGGUGAAAGCUUCCAUGGAAAGAAUGGAUCUUGUUAUUAAGGAAAGAGAAGAUGCUUUGCGGCUGCUACAGACUGGCCAGGAGCAUGAGAGACCCGGCGAAUGGAGAUAUGACUUCCUGGGUCGCGUUAUUUGGUAUACUUUCAGGGAGUGGCCGAUCCCUUGGCAUUUGAACAGUAGGCACAGAAAGAAACGAUUCUACUACCUGCAAAAUGUCAAGCCUUUUAUCAGGCUCAGAAUUGAAAAGUAUCUGCACAGACAAGUAAGGAAGAAAGAAUUGGAGAGAAAAAAACAGAAGGUUUUACUGCAAAAGUUCCCUCAUCUUGCUGCAGAGUCUAAGAGUUAACAUGAGUUCAACAUUUGGGAAGUCUAGCUGGAGUAAGACUGUUGUAAUGUAGAGAUGCUGCUGCAGAAAUUCUCUGCAUCUAGUAAUGGGUUGUAAAUAGACACAACUGAAGGGAGACUAUUCGUGACUUUUUAAAACUGAAAUACAAUUGCUCCAGCCUGUUGUGUAAUACUGUUCAGUCAUCCUUAAAAUACAAUUUGUCUGUCUGGAUUAGAAAAAAAAUAAAUGCUUUUUAUCCAGAGAUGCCAGUGAUCGACUACGCUAUAUAGCAAUAAGUGGCUACAGCUUGCUUAGUCAGUAAAGAAAGGGUAAGGAUUCUUAAUCAGAAAUACAAAAUUGUCUCUGAGCAGAUGAAGAACACAUUUCUGCACUGAAAAAAUGUAUCAUGGUUUCCCACCCUUCUGCAGUCAUGUGCUUUUCUAAGAUCAAAAGUAGAGCCGUGUUUUGCAUGGAGGGACCAGAGUUAUCUCCAGUUUAAAGGAUCAAGUAAACCUGUCUUCUUUAUCAGUCUUAUGUUACUACCUGCUAGUUGAAAACUUCUUAACCUCACACUGCAAAGUUAAUGUAAUAAAAUGAAACUACUGUA